AAGCCGAAACCUUAAUUACAUCUUCUACUUUCAGAGUACGUAGCCUCUAGUUAAAAAAAAAACCUAGAUUCACUCUUCAACUCGCCAUCGCCACGCCAGUCGACAACACCGACAUGAUGGUCACUUCGUCGCCAAACAAGUCAAUCCUGAUUGAAACAACGAUGAAGAUCUCCGAUCUUCCGGUAAAUUUGGUAGAGGAGAUUCUCUCUAAGGUUCCCUUGAAAUAUAUGAGAGCAGUGCGAUCAACUUGCAAACAGUGGGACACUUUAUCCAAGAGUCGAAGCUUUUCAAAGAUGCACGCUGAUAAAAUAAGAUCAGAUGAGUUUAUGAUGAUGAUCGCAAUGAUAGAUUACAAUCUAUAUCUCGUGAAGGUUGUUGUCAUCGUUAAUGAAGAUCCAAUCGUAGAGAUUAAAGGUAAGCUUACUUGUCAAGACAUACAAAGCAAGAUAUCUCGAGUUUUCCAUUGUGACGGUCUAUUGUUAUGCGUCUUGAAAGAUGAUGCUACCAAAGUUAUCGUUUGGAAUCCGUAUUGGGGACAAACAAGGUCUAUAGAGUUUAGAUACUCUUCUCACCGCCCAUACGGAUGGGACAUGUUCACUUACGCUCUCGGAUACGAGGAUAACAGCUCUUGUCGUAGCUACAAAUUGUUGAGGUUUAUAGAUCAUAAGUACUACAGUGCACCCAUAGACCAGUUUUCAUGGUACGAGAUUUACGAUUUCGAGUCUAGUACAUGGAAGACACUUGAUGUCACUCCAUACUGGCGUAUACUAUGUUGUCAGUGUGGUGCGUCUCUCAAAGGUAACACUUACUGGCCUGCUUCACAACGAAGAAGCACAGACGAUGAUGUGCUUGACGAUCACAUAAUCUGUUUCGAUUAUAAAAGUGAGAGUUUCGGUCCUCUUCUACGUCUCCCUUUUGACGCUGGGCGUGAUGACUAUGUGACUUUAUCAUGUGUUAGAGAAGAGAAGCUUGCGGUUUUACUUUCUCACAACGAAGCAGGUCCGCUGGAACUUGAUAUAUGGAUUACUACUAAGAUUGAGGCCGACAAGGUGUCGUGGAGCAAGUUCUUGAGAGUGGAAACGAAAACGGGAGCUUUGGCUCUGGUUAACUGUGACAGUUUCUUCAUUGACGAGGAGAUGAAAGUCGCAAUGGGCUACCGCAAUACAUUUAACAUUGUCGGAGAGUUUGGAUACUUGAAAAAGCUGGAGCUCGUAGAACGUGCAGGCACAAACUUAGAAUACUGUAGGGCAGACGUGUGCUCUUAUGUUCCAAGUCUAGUGCAAAUCAAGCAACCUGCUGCAGGAGGAGGAGGUAAAAGGAAACGACAGAGCUACUUAGAAAAGCAACGAUAUGAUCAAAAUAUGUCGAGACUUGCCGCUAUUGAAAAGCGUAGAAGUGUGUGAUACUCUGCAUUUAUGUCUUUCAUUUACUCUUACCUCAGCGUGUCUUUAUUAAGAUGUCUUUUUCGAGUUCUGUUACGCACUUGUCGUAGCUAUAAAUUCUUUAGGUUUAUAAACAUUAUUACAAUGCACCCAAAAACCAGUUUUUAUGGUA